CUUACGGUAUAUUUUUAUAAUUCUUUAACAGGAGAGAGUACAAAGUCUGUGUGGGUAAGUAUGCACUCUAUUGCACUGAUGGCAAACCAGGAAACAGCUCUCAUGGACAUAAUCUUUAUUAUGUAUAUUAUGGUAUAUCUAUCUCUGUAUGUUGCAACAUUUGUUGUCUAGCCAAGUUUAAUUUUCAUUUCAUUAUUGUUUAUAAUUAUUAGUUGUAUUUUGUUUUUUGGAGAAUAGAAAAACUAAAGCGUUAAACAUCAGGUCAAAGACACAACACAUGACAUCUCUAGCUCUCUAACUAGUUUAUCAGGUUAUGAGGUGUAUACACACCUCGGUUCUUUUUAUUUACUUAGUUUUAUAACGCAGGUUUUAAGUUACUUGACUUUUUUUCAACACUCUGUUUAAUUGAAUCUUUUCUUGAUAUUGUAAACUGUGGAUAUGGUGGCGUUUUUGUUCCUGUGUGGUGUAGUGUACUGUAGUAAAACCUUCAUACUAUUUGUAAGGAAGAAGAGAGAGGAGGCUGAUUAGAGAAAUGACCAGGCAGGUGGUGAACAGCAAGACAGGCGGGAGUUAUUUGUAAGGAAGAAGAGAGAAUAUGUGUCCAUGCAUCACCUCAGCCUCUCCAACCAAAAACCCUGUUCAGCAGCCAGCCAGUCAUAGCAGAUCAGCUGACCACCCAUGCAGCCACAGCCGCUCAUUACAGUAUGGUUUUAUCAUCCGUUAACAGGAGAGAGCAUCAGUAGAACACAUUUACACCCUUCAAGGGAGAAAGCCAGGUUCCUUUUGUAGUUCUGACCUCUUCCUCCUGUGACCAAAAGUACAAAGUCUGUGUGGUAGAAAGUGUGAAUUCAUGAGUCAGCCUGAGAACAGAGAGGAGGGAGCCCUGCCCUCUAAACCCAGUCUGCGUGAAGACCAUGAGAGCCAGAACAAAGCUCAGAGGUUUCAUCAGAGACAAGAAUCCGCUGAACCUGGACAUGAACCUGAACCCGGCUGCAUGUCCUGCCAGAGCGAUGAGUCAAAGGACAAUAUUAUUACUUUUAAAGACCAACAUGCAUUAGAGUCAAAAGUGGACCAGCAGAGAUCAGAGGUUCCCAGUGCUCAGUCUGUCCAGCAGCACCAAACACACCUGGACUCCAUAUUUAUGCUGCUGGAGGAAAACAUUGUCACAUUUGUGAAGAAGGAGUUGAAGAAGAUCCAGAAGGCUCUGAGUCCAGGUUACCCAGAAUGCUUAGAGAGUCAGAGGAAGGAUGAGGAGGAGUUGGAUGGUGAGGAUGAAGAGCAGAAGAGGAGCAGCAGAGACGCGUUUCUGAAGAUCACAGUGAACUUCCUGAGGAGGAUGAAGCAGGAGGAGCUGGCUGACUGUCUGCAGAGCAGAUCUUCUGCUGCACUUUGUCAGGAUCAACUUAAAUCUCGCCUGAAGCAGAAGUUCCAGUGUGUCUUUGAAGGCAUCGCUAAAGCAGGAAAGCCAACCCUUCUGAACCAGAUCUACACAGAGCUCUACAUCACAGAGGGAGGGACUGGAGAGGUCAACGAUGAACAUGAGGUCAGACAGAUUGAAACAGCCUCCAGGAAACCAGACAGAGCAGAAACAAGCAUCAGACCAGAAGACGUCUUUAAAGGCUCAGCUGGAAGAGAUGGAGCCAUCAGAACAGUGAUGACAAAGGGAGUGGCUGGCAUUGGGAAAACAGUCCUAACACAGAAGUUCACUCUGGACUGGGCUGAAGACAAAGCCAACCAGGACAUACACUUCACAUUUCCAUUCACCUUCAGAGAGCUGAAUGUGCUGAAAGAGCAAAGGUUCAGCUUGGUGGAACUUGUUCAUCACUUCUUCACUGAAACCAAAGCAGCAGGAAUCUGCAGGUUUGAAGAGAUAGAUGUUGUUUUCAUCUUAGAUGGUCUGGAUGAGUGUCGACUUUCACUGGACUUCAACAAGACUAAAACCCUGACUGAUGUCACAGAGUCCACCUCAGUGGAUGUGCUGCUGACAAACCUGAUCAGGGGGAACCUGCUUCCCUCUGCUCACCUCUGGAUCACCACACGACCUGCAGCAGCCAAUCAGAUCCCUCCUGGCUGUGUUGACAUGGUGACAGAGGUCAGAGGGUUCACUGACCCACAGAAGGAGGAGUACUUCAGGAAGAGGUUCAGAGAUGAGCAGCAGGCCACAACAAUCAUCUCCCACAUCAAGGUGUCACGAAGCCUCCACAUCAUGUGCCACAUCCCAGUCUUCUGCUGGAUCACUGCUACGGUUCUGGAGGAGCUGCUGGAAACCAAAGAGGGAGGAGAGCUGCCCAAGACCCUGACGGAGAUGUACAUCCACUUCCUAGUGGUUCAGACCAAAGUAAAGAACAUCAAGUAUGAUGGAGGAGCUGAGACAGAUCCACUCUGGAGUCCAGAGAGCAGGAAGAUGAUUGAGUCUCUGGGAAAACUGGCUUUUGAGCAGCUGCAGAAAGGAAACCUGAUCUUCUAUGAGUCAGACCUGACAGAGUGUGGCAUCGAUGUCAGAGCAGCCUCAGUUUAUUCAGGGGUGUUCACACAGGUGUUUAAAGAGGAAAAAGGGCUGUAUCAGGACAAGGUGUUCUGCUUCGUCCAUCUGAGUGUUCAGGAGUUUCUGGCUGCUCUUCAUGUCCAUCUGACCUUCAUCAACUCUGGAGUCAACCUGCUGUCACAAUUAUCCUGGUUUAAACAUUUUAUGACGAAACAUGAACAUACACAGUUCUACCACGUUGCUGUGGACAAGGCUUUAGAAAGUCCAAAUGGACACCUGGACCUGGUCCUCCGCUUCCUCCUGGGAUUUUCUCUUGAGAAAAAUCAGACAUUCUUACAUGGUUUGAUGACACGAAUGAGAAGUAAUUUACAAACCAAUCACGAAACAGUUCAGUACAUCAAGACGAAAAUCACAGAGUUUCCUUCUGCAGAGAAAAGCAUCAACCUCUUCCACUGUCUGAAUGAACUGAAUGAUUGUUCUCUAGUAGAGGAGAUCCCUCUAUCUGAAUCAGGAAGUCUCUCCACAGAUAAACUGUCUCCUGCCCAGUGGUCAGCUCUGGUUUUCAUCUUAUUGUCUUCAGCAAAUGAUCUUGAAGUAUUUGAGCUGAAAAAAUUCUUUGCUUCAGAGGAGGCUCUUCUGAGGUUGCUGCCUGUGGUCAAAGCUUCCAACACAGCUCUACUGAGUAGCUGUGACCUGUCAGAGAGAAGCUGUGAAGCUCUGUCCUCAGUUCUCAGCUCUCAGUCCUCUAGUCUGAGAGAACUGGACCUGAGUAACAACAACCUGCUGGAUUCAGGAGUGAAGCUACUGUCUGCUGGACUGAAGAGUCCUCACUGUCGACUGGAGACUCUCAGGCUGUCAGGCUGUCUGCUCUCAGAGGAAGCUUGUGUCUCUCUGGCCUCAGCUCUGAGCUCCAACCCCUCCCAUCUGAGAGAGCUGGACCUGAGCUACAAUCAUCCAGGAGACUCAGGAGUGGAGCUGCUGUCUGCUGGAGUCAAGGAUCCACACUGGAGACUGGACACUCUCAGGGUGGAGCCUGGUGGAGUCCAAUGGUUGACACCAGGUCUGAGAAAAUACUUCUGUCAACUCACCAUCGACACAAACACAGUGAACAGACAUCUACAACUGUCUAACAACAACAGGAACGUGACACAUAUCUGGCAGGAUCCGUCAUAUCCUGAUCAUCCAGACAGAUUUGACCAGUGUCCUCAGCUGCUGUGUAGUAAUGGUCUGACUGGUCGCUGUUACUGGGAGGUUGAGUGGAGAGGAUGGGUUCAUAUAUCAGUGAGUUACAGAGGAAUCAGAAGGAAAGGAUACAGUUAUGACUGUUGGUUUGGAGACAAUGAUCAGUCCUGGAGUCUGAUCUGCUCUAGUAAUGGUUACUUUGUCAGACACAAUAACAUAAGAACGUCCAUCUCCUCCUCUGUGUCUGACAGAGUAUCAGUGUAUGUGGACUGUCCUGCUGGUUCUCUGUCCUUCUACAGAGUCUCCUCUGACAAACUGAUCCACCUUCACACCUUCAACACCACGUUCACUGAACCUCUUUAUCCUGGGUUUAAGUUCUGGUCUGCUUCCUCAGUGUCUCUGUGUGAUGUGUCAUAGUGAGAGUUUGAUCCUGUCAGAGAAACGUUGUCACUGUUGAACAUAGUUCAGUCUGUUCGUGUCUAUCUCAUUUUCAGAUUCAUGUAUUAAACCAGUUUAUUUCUGAACCAGUUCUAAA